GUCGCUUCGUGUUGUUUUUGUAGUUUGUUGUUUCGGUUUGAUUGUUUGUUCGUUAACACGUUCCAUGCGAUAUGCGAAGAGGGAGAACGAGAGGAAGAGAGAGAGAUAGAGCGAGAGAGAGAAGUGUAUAAUUGAAUGUGUGCUCUAGAAGUUUGGUGUGUGCAUGAAGUACCUAUUUAGUGGCGGUUCACCAUACUUGGUUUCAGUUAAAUUUUAAUGCUCGUAUCGAAUACACACGGUGAUCGAAGACUCUCUUCCGUCGUCCAGCAUACACAUAUAAUAACUAGCCGAGAUUAGUUCAGCGAACAAACAAUCAACACAGAGAUUUAAAAAAAAAAGUCGAAAAGAAUUUGUGUGACAUCGAAUUAAAAAAAAAGUCCAUUCCAAAGCGAAAUCGAAGACAAAAGAGUCAUUUCAAAACUUGCACACGGAUACACAGCGCAACUAUUGGUUAUUCGUUCGUUUUUUUUAUUUAAGUUGUUUAGUUAAUAUUUGUUGUUGUUUUCGUACACCCGCUGUCAUCUACAAUUUCACCUCAUUAUUAUGUCGAUUAAUCGUGCACCAAAAUCCGGAUUCGCUGCUGAAGCACAAAAAAAAAUCAAUUCGAAGUACAGCGAAGAGCUGGCAGCAGAAUGCUUGGAAUGGGUGAAAGAGAUCACCGGUGAGCCGAUUAAUACCAGUGGUGAUAUGGAUAACUUCUACGAAGUGCUUAAAGACGGUGUGAUUCUGUGUAAAUUGGUGAAUGCCAUUAAACCGGGCGCCGUCAAAAAGAUCAACGAAAGCAAAAUGGCAUUCAAAUGCAUGGAAAAUUUGACUGCUUUCGUCGAUGUGUGCAUCAAAACAUUCAAUGUACCCAAUCAAGAGACAUUCCAAAGUGUCGAUUUGUGGGAGCGACAAAAUUUGAAUGCCGUUGUCAUCUGUUUGCAAUCGCUGGGCCGAAAGGUUGGCCAAUACGGACAACCAUCCAUUGGACCAAAAGAAGCCGAUAAGAAUGUACGUCAAUUCAGCGAUGAACAAAUGCGUGCCGGCCAAACCAUCAUCUCGCUUCAGUAUGGUUCAAACAAGGGCGCAACACAAAGUGGUUUGGUCAUGGGCAAUACGCGUCACAUGUAACCAACACAUCAGACCCAAUCAUUGCGCACACAUGACAAACAUUCAAAGGAAGAUCCGCACUCGUUUUCUUCAUGAACAAAAAACAAAACAAAAAGACAAAAAUGAAGCAAAACCUUGAACUGGAUUUAAAUUUUACAUAAAUAAUUACUCUUUUUUUUGAUAACUUAAAGAUUGUACACGUGUAUAUUGUUGUUCGAUGUGAGUCGUUUUUGCCAUAACAGGAAAAUUGCGUUUUGCCGCAAAACACAUACAUUAUAAACAGACAAGAAAAUUUACUCUGGAGCAAUUACCAGCACAACACACACACACACACUUUAUGAAUGAUUUAAUUUACAUUUUGAAAUAAUUUAGAAUAUUUCACAUUCGAAAUAGAUUCAAAACAUUUCCAAAUUUAAUUUAAUGAAAGUUAAAAAAAAGACAUUCUUCAAAUUCAUAACAUUCCCCGUACGACAGCGUACAAUCAACAAAAUGAAAAAAAAAACCAUUACAUGUUACGAAGAAGAGAAGCAAAACAAAUGUAUCGUGAAUGAACAGUUCCCAGAAACUAAAUUAUUAUUAUUUUCUCCAUUUUCUUUUUGUACUUAUGCUAUAAUUUCUUCAUUUUCUCUUGAGAUAAACAACAAAAAAUAAAGGACACUUUGUUAAGGAUUUCCGAUCGCACAAGUCGCAAUGCUGAUAUAUGAAAUAAAAAACCUUUAUAUGUUAUCACAAUAUAUUAUUAAAAUAAACAAACAUACAAAAAAAA